AAAACAGAUGGAACCCAUAUUCCAAUAUCUACCCUUGGCCUCUUUUCAAAGUAUUUCUAGGGUGACAGUUGGGAGGAAAUGGGAAAAAAAAAAUAUUUGGACACAAGCUCUUUUUUCCACUGGGCUUUGAGAAAAUCCCCAUCUUGUGUGCUCCCAGUGUAUCUCUCACUGAUAAGUUCACUCAUAAAACCAGGGCCUUCUCCAGGGCCACGCUGACAGAACUCCCACGGACACACCAUGAUUAGGAGCCUGCUGCUGUCCGCUUUGGUGGCUGGAGCCCUCAGUUGUGGGGUCCCCACUUACCCACCUGGUAUGUCUAGGAUGUAUGGUGGUGAAGAAGCGAGGCCCAACAGCUGGCCCUGGCAGGUCUCCCUGCAGUACAGCUCCAAUGGCCAGUGGUACCACACCUGUGGAGGGUCCCUGAUAGCCAACAACUGGGUCCUGACGGCCGCCCACUGCAUCAGCUCCUUCAGGACCUACCGCGUGGUGCUGGGACAGCACAACCUCUACACUGCAGAGUCCGGCUCGCUGGCUGUCAGUGUCUCUAAGACUGUGGUGCACCAGAACUGGAACUCCGACCAGGUCUCCAAAGGGUACGACAUUGCCCUGGUCAAACUGGCUAACCCCGUCUCCCUCACCGACAAGAUCCAGCUGGCCUGCCUUCCUCCUGCUGGUACCAUUCUACCUAACAUACCCUGCUACGCCACGGGCUGGGAAAUCUGCAGAGUGAUUGCAAAUAACUAA